AUGACUGAAGUCCGCCUUUUGCCGGACGUUCACACUGGUGUGCAUACAUGUAUGUGUAUGUGUGCAUGUCGUACGUACGUGCGUGGAUUUGUCUUGUGCGUUGGCAUUCGUUCUGAUAACGUUGAGGAGCUGUGCAGAGAGAAGAAGGUUGUCGACGCUGUUUUAAAGCAAAUCCAGUCGUAUCUGUCAGGAAAGCUACAAAGAGUGGAGAUUCCAAAAAAAAUCUACCUGUGCGCUGAGCAGUGGACCUCAGCAAGCGGUAUGGUCACUGAAGCGCUUAAACUCAAGCGAAUGACUAUAGAAAAAGCAUUUCGAAAGCAGAUUGAUGAAAUGUGCAGUUGA